AUGGCCCCCGGGAGACGAAAGACUACAGAGAGAUGGUCGAUGUAUCAAGAGCUUCACGAUGAUGUGUCACGAUUACUAGCAGAUACAGAUCUGAAUUUUGAUUUUCACGACAGUGACGAUGAUAUCAAUUGCACAAAAAUGCGCAACACUAAUAUUAUGGGCCAUUUCACAUGUUACAACUCCGGGUGCAGAUUCAAGGGAUGGGCCAGCAGAAAGAUUGCCAUCACGAUACGUCUAUACCCUGGGCAGAAAUAUAACGCAAGAGUAUACCAUCAGCGCUGCAAGUUCUGUAAUAGUCUCAGUCAGCCAGUUCUGGACGAGUCAUAUGCGGAACGAGUCACCUACUGGAUUAAACAAUGGAACGGGGUUCAGGUGGAGAAGCCUCCCAUAUCUGGCGUUAGCAAGGGUCCACACAACAGGCAACUGUGUGAAGGGUGUAAAGCUGGGCGUUGUACUGAGUCAGGCGAUGACUGGCUUAUGCAACUACAGAGCAAACCCUGGCCGUUCGGACAUGGGAAAUUUUACGCGGUUGCAGGUGGCAGGACUACAGAGGUCUUCACCGAUUGGGAGAAUGCAAAAAAAUCCAUUAACGGGACCAACGCCUGCCAAGAGCGUUUCCGGACCCAACAAGAGGCUGAACAGUUCAUUGAGGCAUGGAAAGACGCCUAUGCUGACGUAUGGCGAAGGGAGAUUCGACAGGCGUUGGACAAAGGGUGGAAACCAAAAGACAUGAAAUUCGAUGCUGGGUUAUUCUUGGACAGAGGCACAAACAAUGGGACGACAAAAGAGGAUACUGAGGAAAAGAAAGAGCAGAGCAGCAGAGGAGCCGAUGAUGACCAUGAACUCUCAAAGCUUGAAGGAUUAGCUAUUAAGGAAGAGUCACAGUGA